UAAAUAUUUCUUUCUUUCACCCGCGUGCCUUUCGCGGCACAAUCGUCAAUGACCAAAAUGUCAAUCCAAGAUUUGGACACAGGCGAUGAUGCGCCAAAGUCGCAGGGACUGACUACAUCAGAUCUACCGGGUGGAGAGACCCAGACUGCUGCUAGUCAAGAAGCCUCCGAGGAUCAAUCAGCGCCCGCAUCACAGAGCAGCGUCUCUAAUGCAAAGCUGUGCGGUGUCUGCAACGAGAAUGCAUCGAAAUACAAAUGCACGCGCUGCUAUCUUCCAUACUGUUCAAUCGCAUGCUCAAACCUUCACAAAGCCACUCACCCCGCCGUCGAGCCAACUCAGCCAGUGCAGCGACAAGAGAUAACACAGCCUCAAGCAAAUGCGGUUCAGCCUCAUACAAAUGGAACUGCCCCUCGGCCGGGUACCGUUGCAGCUGCUGGUUAUAAGGGUCCUUUCUCGGCUUUGGACGAUUCAAAAGAGUUACAGAUGCUUUUCAAAAUGUACCCGCGUCUUGCCUCACAGCUAGAAGAGAUCAAUGCUGCCACCCUCCCUCCUACACCAGGGCAGGAGAACGAUGCACACUCGCAAUACCCUAAUGGAGGAAGCAAGGGGUUCCGAAGAUCUGGAAAGGAACAACCUUGGAACCCGGAUCGAGGACUUGAGAAUGGAGUUCGAGCACUAUGUCGCGCUCGGGAAGCAUACGGAAAGGACGGAGAAGGGGUGAGGGAAUACUCGAAACUCAUCUUGCAGAUCGUCGCCGGGGAAGAGGGUAUUGAUACGAUCCGAAAGGAAAUGGAAGAGGAGAAUGUGAGGAUUAUUUCACAGUUGCUGAACGGCGAGACGUGAACUGCCGGAUGGGCUCUAGGGGCUAGCAUGUGAAUUAUCUCCAGCAAUAUUGGGAAGAUUGCGGAACACAGGAUAACGACG